AUGGAGGCACAACAAGGAGCUGAGAUCGUAUUUGCUCCUGAGUUGCAAUCUAUUUUUGAGCAUGAGUCAAAACAUAUAGCCGAAGAGGUUAGAUUGAUUUGCUGGGCCCCGUGGAGAAACAUGAAUGAGGUUGUAUGGAAUCAGAAGCACUCAACAACUGCAAAAGUAGUAGUAUUUGCAAAAUCUAGUCUUAAUCAAUGGGUACCCGCUCAAGAAAACCACUUCGACCCUUCUCAGUCUAAUCAUUUGGCUGGAGAAGGUAGGGAGCGUUGGACCAAACCAGAGGAAGGUACGAUUAAGAUAAAUGUGGACACAACUAUUUUUGAGGGUAAGGGUCGUUAUGGGUUUAGUAUGGUGGCUCAGAAUCACGAGGGUCAUUUGAUAGAGGCUAUGGUAAAGUGUAGGGAGGGCCAUCUGAGGCCUGCAGAGGCUGAAGCUAUAGGGCUAAAAUAG